AUCAUAUGGCUUCUAGUAUAUUUAACGAUUCUUAAUCCAAAGAGAUUUACUCUUUGGAUCAACAUUCUGAAAACAUAUCGUGUAAGAGAGUAAAUUAACGAAAACAUGAAUUCAAAGAAGGAUAAAGGUUAUGCCUGGGUGAUAGCGAUUAAUGGAAUGGUAUUGAAUAUGCUAUCAGUUCUGGGUUUAGCAUCACAGAGUGUACUUAUUAUUUUUAUUACGGAAUCUUUGGGAGAGUCAUACUCCAAAGUUUCUCUGAUAACUAGUUUUUUAAAUAUGUUUUUUGGAGCCGGCGGAUUUUUGUUCGGAUUUCUAGGGAAAAAGUUUAGCCCUAGAUCAAUCUUAAUAGGGGGGUCUCUGUUAUUAUGCUCUUGUAGUGUUGUAACGUGUUUUGUGAGGAAUAUAUAUGUAUAUUACCUAACUCUUGGUGUUGGAUCAGGUAUUGGAGUUGCAAGCUUUGUUUAUUGCGGAACGAUUACUAUUGCCGAAUGGUUUGACCGUUAUAAAGCCAUGGCUUUGUCGAUAUCAGCUGUAGGAGCUAGUGCUGGUUUUUUUAUAUGGACCCCAAUCACAUCUAUAUUAGUUGAUACUUUCGGGUGGAGAAGUACAUAUUUAAUUAUUGCUGGCAUUUAUCUUCAAGGCUGCUGCUUGGCUAUGCUAAUUAAAAAAGCUCCUCAAAAUAUGAAUAUUACCAUCUGUAAAACAGAUCAUGUAAAUCCAAGACUUUUUAAUAUUAAAAUUUUUAAAAAUCUUCCUUUAGUUCUAUUUUAUCUAAGUUUAACUUGUACUUAUAUUGGUCAAACCGUACCUUAUUUCUGGAUACCAACAAGAGCCGAAAGAAGUGGGAUAGGUUUAAGAAUGGGUACAUUAAUUGUAUCAAUUACUUCAGCCUCUUGUGGAAUCUUUACUUUGAUUGCUGGAUUUCUUGGGGAUAGACCAUCGUUUAAUCGUAUCCUUGGAUUUGGAAUUAACUCGGGACUUACUGGCCUACUUUCAAUCUUUUCUACAUUAAGUCACUCCGUCAUUAUCCUAAUGUCGUAUGGUUUCUUAUUUGGUUUAACUUCGGGUUUUUAUCAAGCUUUAAAUAUGACUGUCGUAACAGACCUUGUUCAAUUAAAUGAUCUGCCCUGUGCUAUUGGACUUGACGUAUUUUGUAUUGGAUCAGCUCAAUGUUUGUGUAUACCGUUAGGAGCGAUGCUAUUUGACAUCUCGGGAUCAUCCAUGAUUCCAUUUAUUGUAAAGGGUACUAUACAGGGAUUUUUUGGACCUCUCUUCGCAAUACUGGCUUUAAUAACUCAUAGGAGACGUGGGAUACAGUAUAAAUUAUAAAAGAGUAAUAACCAUUCACCAAAUAAAUAAUCUAUUUUUUUUCUUUUAAUUCAAACGGUAAUUACUUUGCUACUUUACCAUUUUUGAUAUUAACAAUAUCCAAUCUAAUAAAAUAUAUGUAUAUACGAAAAUUACUGUUAAGUGGUCAGUGUAAGUGACUUGAAUUUCCGGUUCAAAAUUUAGUAAUUUU